AUGGCAAGCUUCGCGUCAGAGCUACAGGGCGCAACCCCUCCCGUUUUACCUCCCAAACCUGGUAGCCAUGAGGCGAGUCGCAUUGCGACUCCAGCCUCAGCCGGCGUUCCUCCACCGUCUGAAGGUCGCAUUCCAUCUAACAAUGUGAAUCCCGCGCCGACAUCUAUACCCGACCCAGGCGACCAAUGGCUUCCCCAGAUUCUGCAGGACAAGUCAAAACAAGACUUGGCAGAGCUUCUCGCGAACCCAGAUCUUCUCAGCGCUCUAACACACUCUCCCGAGUCUAUCCACCCAUCUCUUCAAGCCUCACAUCAGGCUCUGUCCGCCGCGCUCAACGAGAAUAUCGAGUUCGCGAACCAACUUAUAGACAUGGAAGCACGAUUAUCACAUCAGCGCGCAUCAACACAGGCACAACUUCUUGCAACACACACACUUGAACGACAAUGGAGGCAGAAGCAAUCCAAUAUGGACCACGCGCUGGCGCCGUUCUCGCCUUCGGCGCUAUACCAACAAUUAGGACAAGGCGUGCAAGAGCAGGCGUUGGUGUGCGAGGCUAUGGAGGAAAGCUUUCUCGACGGAGAGGGAGAGGGUGUAGCAGCAACAGAAAGAGAAGUCACAGAUUGGGUGCGCAGGUACCGAGAGGCCAAGGUCCAAUAUUACCUAAGACAGGAGAGGAAACAGAGAUGGGAUGAGGGUCGUGUUGGAGGAUGGAGAUAA